GCCCCCGCCCCGGCAGACGCUGCUCCGCCAGCCGCGCUGCCCAGGUCGCCGCCGGAGCCUCGCCAGGACAGAUAUCACGCCAUGUCUGCGGGUUUGGUACUGCUGUGUCAACUACUCACGAUGAUGUUUGCAUUUCCUCUCUGCACAGGGAGGAGAUUAAAUAACUUGAAGCAACCUGAAUGGAAAGAUGUGAUCACAUCAGAAAAGGAGGCCAAUUUAUUCAUUGGACGACAUCUUCUGAAUAACAGAUUUGAUUUUGAAGCAUUCACAGUGGAUAACCUGGAAAGAGAAUGCUUUGAAGAGCUGUGCAAUUAUGAAGAAGCAAGAGAAGUUUUUGAAGACCCUGACAAAACGAUGGAUUUUUGGAAAGACUAUUCAACUAAAGGUCCCAAAAUAAAAAUAGGUGAUGAGACACUACAAAAGGUUAAUGUUACAGGACUUCUCAUCAGUCUAGUUGCUGCUGGAGUACUGUUAGUUAUAUUUGUACUGCUUAUCUUCUACUGCUGCAAAAGUAGAUGUAAAUCGAGGCAACCACCAGGGUACGUGGAUUAUGGAAGAAGUAGAAGACGUAAUUCAUCUAGCAUCUUCAGAAGGCAUGAAGAAUUUUCUUUAAACCCACUGCCUCUCAGAACUGAUGAUUCAGGACUACCAACUUAUGAGCAAGCAGUUACUUCAGAUGGGCAACACGACAUGCCCCCACCCCCUUAUCCAGGGCCCCCAAAAGGAGCACGGGUGUUUAAAAAGUCUAUGUCAUUUCCUGCCCCCUAGUCACAAACCUCCUUCUGGGGUAAGAGGGGAUUACUGAAACAUAACAUACUUUUUUUUUUUUAAAAAGUGUGUGCUACCUUGCAUAUUGCAAGAAAGUCUACAAAAAUGUGAAAGAUCUUUAGCACAACUAGGAAAAAGUGAAGGUCCCAGUUGGGGAAAGUGAUCUGUUGCGAAAGCUUCAGGACUAUUCUUAGCACAAGGUCAUUGUGCUAAGAGGAGGGAAUGCAUACAGAGUAAAUCCUUUACUGCCACCAUCUUUCAUAUGCACUUUGAGCCAUCCCAUCACACUAUUGAUGUUUCAACAGUUUCACUCUUUUAUUUUCCUUCAGAAGGAACAGUAUUUUAAUUAAUUUUAUUGACACUAACUCUUUUUUGUGGCUAUUGAUACUUUAAACGGCCAUAAGAAAUCUACUUUGAUAUAUUCACUUAAUUGCUCUGUGAAGUUUCUAUUCAUUCCAGUGACAGAUUGGAGUAUGAAAAUUAAAACUAUUUCAUGUUUUGAUCUUUCACAUGUGUAUAUAUAUUACUGCUUCUGAAUUAUACUGGUUUGUUUCAGACAAUUCUAGCUAACACACUAAUUAAUUUGUUGUAUUUUUGUGAUCAUAAAUUUGGAUGAAAAGGAACCAUUAACUGCAUGGUACAUUACCCAUUCAAUAUACUUUUAGCAAAUGGUUUUGAUGUUCAGCACUAAAUACCAGGUCAAAGUGAAUAAAUAGAGUACUAUCGGGGUCAGGGGCUGUUAAGCAAAGAGCUAGAGAUUUGUCCCUUGUUAAAAAAAGUACCUAGGCUUCACAGAUAAUGUUUCUCUUAGUUUAAAAAUUUAAGUGUUGAAAAAGACAUUUAGGUGGUUAAAUCAAAGGCCAAAAUACCCCACAGAAGCACUUUGCUUAAGUAUGUAUUGCCCUACUGUUAUGACCAAAUUGUACCUUUAAGUAGAAUGGAACAUCAUAUUGGAUAAAUAACGAAUACCAUCAGAGCAAUAGUUGAGGAUUUUGGGAGGUUAUUGGUUAACUGUAUUCAACACAAUUUUUGUAUCUCUAGUUGUAGCCACUCUUAAUUUUACAUCUUAUUAAAAUAUCAACCCCCAGCAUUAUAUGACCUACAGGUCUUGCUGCGUAAGUCGCAGACCACCAUUGCUGUCCAUUUACCUCCUAGUCCAAUGGCAGUGUAGUGGAAAAGCCUUCCUGUAGCCACAGGAAGCCCUAGUAGAGGGUCUCACAGGCAACAUGUCAGGCUGGUGUUUUCUUGUAUGAGAGCAGCUAUAUGGUUGGACACAUGCAACAAGUUUUUUUUUAAGUAGCAGCAAAUUCCCCCCCAUUUGACCAAUGCUGACAGCAGCAAAUGGUAUUCUUAUUUAGUGCCUGAAAUGCACUUUUUAUUAGAAAGGUUGAGUAUUAUAUGUAACAUUUCACUGACUUGUAUGUUUAACAUGCUGGAAUGUACAGUGCUACUGAAUGACAUGCAGAGGACUGCUAUGAGAUUUUUAAUCUGUAAUUGCUUUUGUAAAUAAGAAAAUGCUCUAUAUCUUGGACUAUAAAGAAGGUAUGCUAUGCAGCAUUUUCAAUGAGGUCUUGGCCUUUGAAAAAUACAUACAACCCAGCUGCUAUCAGUGGACAUGGGACUGUGUCUUAUUCCUAAAGCAUUCCAAAUUUGAUGCUGACAAGUCACAAAUCUCUUUGCAGCUUCUUUCUUGUUGAGAGAUGGAGGAAUCCCCUUGGUGGGAUAGCUUGUUUAGCUUAAGUGAAUUGCAUGAGAUGACUGUUGAUAACCAAACCAGUUACAAUGAAGCAAGGGAAUGCUAAGCUUCUAAAUACAUUUAUCCCAUAUUUCCUUUUCAUUUAGCUAACAUUUUUAAAAUUUGUUAAUGUGCAUCUUAAGCUAUAGAGCGUACUUUUCUGUAGAUUUUUCCUGGGACUCAAGAAUGACUAAUUUAAUGGGACUGAUAGGAGCACUUUCAAGGAAGGGGAUUUCACAGGGCUUAGGAGAGUUCAGAGAUUCUUUAAUGUUGCUACAGUGAUGUACGCAUCUGACAGUCAUGUUUUAAAUAAACUAUAGAAAUUGUACAGCUAUUUAAUCAGUUGAAAUUUUAUUCUUCUACUGUUCUUACAAAUAAUUUGCAAAUGAUCCCAUGCAAUACAAGCAAAAAUCUUGUCCUUGAUAAUUAAU